AUGCCGACUUCCAAGACCCAGCCGAAAGCCCCUUCCAAGGGCAAAUCAUCCCGCUCAGCUAUCGCCGACGUGGUUGCCCGCGAAUACACGAUUCAUCUCCACAAACGAUUACACGGCGUGACUUUCAAGAAGAGAGCGCCAAGGGCCAUUAAAUCAAUAAAAGAUUUCGCUGUCAAGGCAAUGGGUACGAAAGACGUUCGACUCGAUCCUCAGUUAAACAAGAAGGUCUGGGAGGCUGGAGUGAAAGGAGCGCCAUUUAGAUUACGUGUCAGGAUAUCACGGAAACGUAACGAUGAAGAAGGAGCGAAAGAAAAGCUAUACAGCUACGUACAAGCAGUGAAUGUUAAAAAUCCUAAAGGCUUGACUACGGUAGUUGUGGAAGAUGCCUGA